AUGCCUGGACCAAACCUACUUCCAAAUUUCAUCAACAUUAUAGACUCCUCAGCUCUGGCUUUCGACGAAGCUGAACAAGAGAACCCCGAGUCUGGCAUAUCCAUUUCCGUCGGCCCAAAAGAGGCGAACGCCAUUGACGACGACCAAAUCCCCCACCAUGAAUUGUUCUCGGACCUCUCUUUCUCGCCGCCUGCCAUCCAAGCAACCUCAGAUGCGUACAUCUCCUCUAGCAUAUCGACAACUGCACCUGGCCCUCCCCAAAAUGCCAUCUUUCUCCUCCAGCAUUUUUCGACCGCGAUUCUCAGUUUUCUAACUCCCGUACGGCAUGAAAAGACCCCAUGGCAUGUGCUAUUUUUGCCCAACGUCAGAAAUUGCAUGGCUCUGUUAGCACUUGGCCAGCCCGUGGAUCACGCCGGCAUGUGCGCAUUCCACGGCAUUCUGGCCAUCAGUGCUCGUAGCUUGGGUAGCAUACAUCAGUCUCAAGUGUGGCUUGACGAAGGAGAGUCCCACAAGAAAAAAGCUGCCGAGCAUUGCGAGAUAAUGCUACAGGCAGCAUACGACCUUCCCAAGAGAUACAAGUACAAGUCCGUUCUGAUGGCAUUACAGACCAUGAUUCUCAUUUCGACGCUGGGGGGAGAUCCUGUCACAGAAGAAUACUAUUUUCUCGAGGCAGAGAAGUUUAUCAAGCUGAAUGGCUUGGGGCGCAAACACUCUCGCAAAGUUCGAUUGCUUCAUCAAUAUUAUGCAUAUGAACGAUUGAUGUAUGAGAGCACAUGCAUGCGAGGGAUUGACUUCAAGCACCGCCAUCGGGUGUGCAACGACAUUGCCUCUAUCAGUGUAGUUCCAUAUCCAGAAGACAGCAUGGCCUAUCGCCCCCCGAACUGGCAAAAUCUCGACGAAGAAAUGUCGAAACCGCGGAGCCCUGACUCGGAAACGGAGCAUGAGGAUGAAGUCCUGGGAAUUUGGCCGGACGCAUUGUACUCCAAGGCGUCUGGGCUACCUGAACAGUGGAUUCAGCUUGUCCUCCAUGUUGUUCUGCUCGGGAAAGAAAAGGACGCUGCAGAGCAGAGUCCUCCUUCCUCUAGAGCCGUUAGCGAUUUGCAGCAGUUCCUCGGAAGAGCGAAAACACUUGAUCGAUGCAUCAACCAACACAUCGCCCAGGCAACUCAGGCUUCUUCUCACCGUACUACCGAAAAUGUCACCCCUGAGCAGCAAUCUCUGGACAAUGUGCUCGAUGCUAUUCGGCAUGCGCUACAGAUUUACUUCUAUCGGCGCAUUUAUGAUGUCAAUCCCUCCUGGCUUCAAGACAAGGUCGUGAAGUCGACCCAAGCUCCGAACUAUCAGGUUGUGUUGGUCUUUUAUGGGCGUCAUUUGUCGCUUCUUGUGAGGCUGAAGACAUCCACGUUCAGAAUUCAUUCGCUGGCUGGUACAGUAGAGCCGCCAGGCGAACCGGGAUGA